GCUUCAGUAGUACCUACCUAGUGGGUAACUUUUGAAAUUAUUUUUGUUUGAGAGAAAAAUGAAGCUCCUUCUGCUCCAGCUUCUCAUUACGGCUGUAGCCUUAACAACCCUGGCUACAGCCUACAGGUUACCAACGACAGUCAUACCAUCACAAUACAGAAUCCAUUUGAAUCUUUCCGAAGCAACUUUCACAGCCAACUCGGACGAUUACCAUGGGCAUGUUAUAAUCAGCCUAAGGGCCAAUGGUACUGGGGUGAAUCAAAUUCAACUUCAUGCCGCACAUGAUUUCAUUAAUAUAACUACAGCGUUCAUUAAUAGUGUGGAAAUUACUAAUAUUAGUGUUGAUAAUAGUACUGAUAUUGUGACAUUAGGUUUUAAUGGUUUUCUUUCGCAAACUGCUAACUCUACGUUGCAUAUUUAUUUCAAUAGCAGACUAAGCACCCAAGACAUGUACGGAUUCUACAAAAGCAGCUAUACAUCCAACAACGCCGUCAGAUACCUGGCAACCACUCAGUUUCAACCCAAUUACGCCAGAAGGGCCUUCCCUUGCUUCGACGAACCCUCAUUCAAGGCUACAUUUGAAAUUUACAUAACACAUCCUGCAAGAUUGCAUGCUUUAUCAAAUAUGCCCGAACAAGAGUACGAUACUACAGAUAUUAUAGAUGAUGAUCCUAAUUUGAAUACUACAUAUUUUGCACCGACCAACUUGAUGCCUACUUAUCUGGUUGCAUUUAUAGUCUCAGAUUUUACUUGUACUCAAGGGGAAAAUAUUGAACAGAAUGCGGUUCCUUAUAGGGUAUGUUCCCGAGCUGAAACCAAUUUAACUAGAGCUUUUGCUGUUAAUUCUGGAGUGCCUUUGUUAAGAAGUUUGAACACACUUACUGGCUAUGCUUAUAGUACAAUGGGAUUUCCAAAAAUGGACCAAAUUGCUUUACCAGAUUUUGCAGCUGGUGCUAUGGAGAAUUGGGGCUUGGUCACUUAUAGGGAAACUUUGCUAUUAUGGGACUCUGCACAAUCAACAAAUAGAGACCAACAAAACAUAGCAACUGUCAUUUCCCACGAAUAUGCUCACCAAUGGUGGGGUAAUUUGGUAACGUGCAACUGGUGGUCAGAGUUGUUCUUAAACGAAGGAUUUGCAACUUAUUUUGAAUAUUUUACUACACAUGACGUUUUCCCCGAUUGGCAAUUGGACAAACAAUGGGUUGUUCGUGUUAUGCAAAAUGUUAUGGAGGCAGAUUCGUUGUCAACCUCACAAGCUUUGCAAACUGCGGUUAAUAGCGAUGCUCAGGUUAUGGCUAGGUUUAACUCAAUUUCAUAUCACAAAGGUGGAAGUAUCUUCAGAAUGGUCGAACACAUUCUGGGCACUGAUCUAUUCUUCCAAGGCCUACGAGCCUACCUUUCCACCUACGCAUUUAGUACCGCCGUGCCAGAUGACUUAUGGAACAGUCUGGAUGCUCAAUUGAUAGAUGCAAACCGAUCCAGAUUGCCCGCUGGCGUAACUUUAAGCACUGUCAUGCGUAAUUGGGUCGAAACCCCUGGAUAUCCGAUUAUUGAUGUGCAAAAUAACCAAUACGAAGUCAUUGUUUCGCAAAAUGGAAGAUUUUUACUAAACGGCUCUAAUGAUUCAGCAGCUUGGUACAUUCCAAUUUCUUAUGCCACCAAUGAAAAUCCUACCUUCGAAGAUACUGCAGCAAAAGAAUGGUUGGAACCCGUUGGCUUUUUAAACAUACCGUUUUUGACUGCUCGAUGGAUUGUCCUCAAUAAUCACGCCACUAGUUACUACAGGGUCAAUUACAACAAUCUCUGGGACAGUUUAAUUGUCGCCCUACAAGACGGUAACUUUUCGGGAAUCCCUGAAGUGAACAGAGCCGCGUUUGUGGACGAUUCGUUCCAUCUGGCAAGAGCUAAUAUGCUCAAUUAUACCAAAGUGUUUUCGAUUAUUGAUUUUUUGAAAAACGAUACUUCGCAUUAUCCUUGGUUACCGGCUAUAAGAGGAUUCAAUUUCCUGUUGUUGCGAAUUGGACAAGAUUCACGAUUGGGACAAGCUAUGUCGAGACACAUUCUUGAGCUAUUGACCAACAUCUACGCCUCAGUGCCAUGGAUCAACUUGAACCCUGGAAAUCACCCUUACACCUUAAAGCAAGUGGACAUUUUGGCCAUCGCCUGUAGACUGGGUAUGACCAAUUGCAGAAAUCACGCAUUAGAGCGUUUCGGAGACCUUAUUAUUGGUGGAGUGAGACCAACGCCGAAUCUAAGAAGUGUAGUUUAUUGUAACGGUUUACGUUAUAGUAAUAACAGUAAUGGUUGGUGGACUUUAUGGGAUAUGUAUCAUUUCACUGAUCUGGCUAGUGAACGAGUUGGAAUACUUUCGGCUUUGGGAUGUACUCGCGAUGAGACACUUUUGAAAUACUAUUUAGAACUAUCCCUUUACGAGAAUACUGGCAUCAGACCUCAAGAUGCUCUAUCAGUUUUCACAUCCGUUUACACGGGCAGCUCAGUAGGACUUAAGGUUGCUUUUAAAUUUUUACAAGAGAAUCAUGUAAGAAUUGGUGAAAGAUAUCAAAGUUUGAACGCACUAACCAAUAUAAUUACCGGUUUAGCUGAUCGAUUCACUACUGAAGAAGAGCUUAUUGAGUUGAGAAGAUUCAUCACUACUGGAAACCUGCAAGAGGACUUCCUCUCAGCAGCAAACGCAGCCUUACUCAGAGCAGAAGCCAACUUGCUCUGGAUUAGUCAGCAUUCUGAGGAGCUGUAUCAGUAUUAUGGCUUAGAUAUUGAAGAACCUGUGCCAGAAACAUCUACAUCGAGUAGCACUGAGCCGCCACCACCACCACCAACAACUACACCAGUUACAACUGCGGCACCUUCCAGUGCUUCAGCUUUAACUGCGUCGUUUAUUUUAUUGGUUGUGUCCAUAUGUGUCAGUUAUUAAAAAUUGUAAAUUGUGAUGUGA